AUGGGACGAUUAACUUCGAAAUCUGGCUCGAAACGGCCUGCUCUUAUUCUACGUCAGGAGCAAUUGCUUACCCCGAUAUCUACAAGCGGAGGCGCGGGGUUAGGAUUGGGGUCGGGAACGGGAUCCCUUGCUAAAGAAUAUGCUGCAUUGUUGAAGAACUCAGGCGUUGCAAAUUCCGCUAAGAAGAGGACUUCGCCCCGGCAGCAAUUUCCGACUCCAGGGCCCACACUCGGAAGCGAUUGUACCUUUGACACGGUCGACCUAACCAACGAAGACGAACUGACUUCGACGAAUUCUGUUGCAUUCGGGAGCAACACUGGGCUAUGGCGGGAAGAUUUUGCUACUCGACCCGGUCCAGCCUCCACUACCACCGCGCCCUCGGUUGCGUUCGGAACCGACAUUAUAAUAUGGGAGGAGGAGCAUGCUAUGCGAGCAGAGCCAACCCAUACGACUGAGAACUCGGUAGCGUUUGGGAGCGAUGUUAUGAUAUGGGAGGAGGAACGUGCUGCGCGGCCUGCGCCGCUAACCCCUAAACGAGGUAAAAAGAGAAAAUGUGACCAAAUCAGUCAACCGCCUACUACCACUUCCGCUGAAACAGAUGAUUUCCCCGAUAUCUACGAAGUUUUGUCCGAGGAAGAAUCCAUGCACUCUCACCUCAAGAAAUCUCCAUCUAAAUCGCCAGCCAAGACGAAGCUAAAGACGACAGCUAGUCAAUCACCAUCGAAGGCUGUAACUUCGUCCAGGAAAGACACGAUCCGGCGAGCUAAAAAAGAAGAAGUUACGGAUGACUCUUUGUCCGCUUCUGAGCGUAUUAUAAAGCGGUCUCCUGCUAAGCUAUCACUGAAAAAUGUUGUUCCUUAUGACGUAACAGAUACCGAGGAUAGGCGUGCGACGUCUUCCGAGCAUGAUUCAUUUUCGGAAGAUACCCCGGAGACUCCCAAAGCGCGAACGGCACAGACGACGCGGAAAUCCAGAGUUUCAAAGCCUGAUAACCGAGUUAUCAAGGACUCAGACGAUGAGCUUAUGACGCCCCCUACUUAUGACGCACCAGAUAGCACAGCUCACUCAAGUAGUCGCCCUAAGACUUCUAUUCGGAUAUCUCAGGAUGCUGAUGAUGAGGUUGUUGCCUACGAUACACCAUCGAAGCCGAGGCAGGUAACCCAGAAUGAGAGGCGCACGCCGUUCCGCUCAUCCCGGAAACCCGAGCAGCACGCAUCCUCCCAAGUCAGUAUGGCCAGAGGCUAUGACCAGGAACCGGAAGCUGGCCCCUCACAGAGAUCUCAGUUGAUGAGUGAACCAACUAUCGUGAUUGAUGAGGACGAACACGAUACCAUUUUAGAACUAUUCCUCGCCCAACCUUUAGUCACCAUCGAAAAGGCGAGAGAAUUGCUGGAAAAAAAGCUACAGGACAACAAAGAUGCAUAUAAGGAGUCCUUAAAAAGUGGUAACCUUGGGCCUAGAAGUCGUCUCAAGCAGGAGAAAGAGCGACUAGCACGACAACAGGCAGCUUUGGGCGACCUCUCAAGGGACUUUCGUUCUUACGAGGAAAUUCUCCUCAAGAAGGAAGCCUUAAUUUCGCGGAUUUCAGACGCCUACGACCAAGACCUAGAUACACAGGACGAUGAAGCCCGUCUUGAAGAAUUAGAGGAUUUGCUUAAAGAACGCCGAUCAAUCCUAAAGCCCAGCCUUCUAAAAGCCGGUAUCGACAAUCGGAGUUUUUUUGAGGCUAAUGAGACCCGUAGCACCGAAGCCGAGCAUCCCAAUCCUAUUGUACGUGCAACUCAACCAGCCAGACCUGCGCCGCCGACGAGCUUCUCGGGGGAGUCGACACUUAUCCCACGAGGUAGUACUCAAGUAAUUCUUCAAACCCAACUUUCUCAUCAAACAGACGAUUCUUUCCCAAUCCCAGGGCGAGAUUAUGACGAAUUGCCGGAGAGUGCUGCAGGAAGACCCCGUCGCCAGGUCGCUUCUCCUAUCCCGAAAGAUAGUGAACUAAUUGAUGAGCAACUGCCAUUUACUAUAACUAGCAAUAGUAGGCCAGCAAAACCCCCCACUCGUCAGAAACCACCUGUAGCCAUAAGUCAGGAUCCCUAUGAUUUUGGUGAUGAUGAUGAUCCAUUCGAUGAUCCGUUCCCCCCAGUCAGUCGACACGUACCAACGAGGACGACAAAUUCUCAACUAGGAGGCCUUAAGGGCCAUAAGAGCCCGACUAAAGCAAAGUCUAACCAACAGCAAGGCUACCAGAGCGACUACAGCGACGAUGUUGACAUGGUUCAAGUUGCAGAGGAGCUUGAACAACGCCGUCAAUCAUCAUCGGAGAAUAGACCGCCUAGAACUCAUCGUCCUGUCCUUUCGGAAACGUCUGGAAACGUGGGGGUACGACCUCAGAAAGUAGCCAUCGCGAAGAUUAUAGACCCAUCGAUGUCAGCACAUAUUCCACGUGAACUUAAAAACCGCCCGUGGUUUAAAGAUGUCAAAAAGGCAUUGAAAGAUAGGUUUAGAAUGACUGGGUUCAGGCAUAACCAACUCGAGGCAAUCGAUGCCACCCUAGCGGGUAAAGAUGCAUUCAUUCUAAUGCCUACAGGAGGUGGCAAAUCCCUCUGCUACCAACUCCCGGCUGUGAUCACAAGUGGAAAGACGCAUGGCGUUACAGUUGUCGUAUCCCCCCUUAUCAGCUUGAUGCAGGAUCAGGUGCAGCACCUCAAAGCGUUGAAUAUUAUGGCUUCUGCCUUCAGCGGCGAGUUAUCCCAGUCAACCCGUAACGAGAUCAUGGAUAAUUUGAAGAAGAGCCAUCCUGAACAUCAUGUGCAGCUUUUAUACGUCACCCCCGAGAUGAUCAAUAAGAGCAGGGCUUUCCUAGACGGUCUGACCACUCUUUAUGAAAACAAGAAGCUUGCGCGUCUCGUAAUUGACGAAGCCCACUGUGUAAGCCAAUGGGGUCAUGAUUUUCGCCCUGACUACAAGGAACUCGGCAGCUUCAGAGAAACGUUCCCCGGUGUACCCCUAAUGGCUCUUACGGCUACUGCAACAAAGAAUGUUAUUCUAGACGUGAAGCACAAUCUAGGUAUCGAGACAUGCCAGGAAUUUUCACAAAGCUUCAAUCGUCCCAAUCUCUACUACGAGGUUUUGAAGAAGGAAAAGGAUAGCGUUGGAAGCAUUGCCGAGCUAAUCAAUUCAAAGUACAGCGGGAAGACGGGCAUCGUAUAUACUCUCUCCCGUAAAUCGGCGGAGAAGAUUGCUGAGAAGUUGCGAGGUCACGGAAUCGCCGCUCAGCACUAUCACGCAAGCAUCAAAGCCCACGAGAAGGUAAGCGUCCAGACAAGUUGGCAAGCCGGUGAAACCAAGGUCGUUGUAGCAACUAUAGCCUUUGGAAUGGGGAUCGAUAAGCCUGAUGUUCGCUUCGUUAUUCAUCACUCUAUUCCUAAGAGCCUCGAAGGAUACUACCAGGAGACUGGCCGUGCUGGUCGAGAUGGGUUACCUUCCGAGUGUUAUCUAUACUUCAACUAUGGCGAUGUAUCCUCCCUGAGGCGGAUGAUUACCGACGGCGAUGGUAACGAGGAACAGAAGGAGAGGCAGAGGAAUAUGCUAAAUACUGUGGCUGCCUUCUGCGACAAUCAAAGUGACUGCCGACGGGUGGAGAUUCUCCGUUAUUUUGGAGAAGCAUUUGACAAAGAGCAGUGCGGCAAGACCUGUGAUAAUUGUCUGAACGAGGAGGUUUUCGUGCAAAAGGACUUUAGCGAGUAUGCAGUUGCGGUUUUAUCGAUUAUGAAGUCCCAAGGAAAGCUCACGCUCAUUCAAUGUACGGAUUUCUUGAUGGGAAAGAAAAAAAUAUCGGACUACAAACCGGGAACGGAACAAUAUCGUGGGAUCGCCAAGCAGAUGCAGAAACAUGACAUACAUCGAAUCGUCGACCGACUCGUCGCAGAGGAUGCAUUGAGGGAAGAGAACAUCUUCAAUAACAAAUCUAGGAUGGCUAUUCAGUAUUUUAAGGUUGGGCCUAGGGCGCGUGUCUUCUUAAAUAGUCAACGCCAGCUUUUCCUGACUACCCGAGUUAAGGACAAGGAUAGUCAAGGCGGUACAUCCAAGAGGCAGACACGAAUUAGCCAACCGGCUACUGCUGCAACGAAGCGGUCCGCCCCUAGCCAUAUCCCAUCUACGAACGUGUCAUCGCCUGUUCUGGGUAGAGACCGUAAGAAGAAGGGGAAGGCCUUAAUGAUAUCGGAAAACGAAGAUAGCGACGACGAGUAUUCCAGAUUCAGCAAUGGGUAUGCUAAAGAUGGGUUUGUGGUCCCUGAUGAUGAUUCUAAUGACGACUUCGAGACGAUGCCUCCCCCACGAUCUAGAGCCCGAUCCCAACGAUCUACGCUCGGGCCUCCAAUAUCCCAUGAUGCGCGUAUGGACAGUGUUGAGUUAUCCGGCCUAUAUGACGAUAUCCUCCAUAGCUUUCUUAAGGAGGCUAAAGAUCUGGAAGAGAAUUUGCGAAAUUCAAGGAAUUUGCGCUCGCCUAUUUUUACCGAGCAACAACUCCGCGAAAUGGCUAUAAGAUGGACUAUUUCUCUCGAUAAGAUGCACUUGAUUCCUGGUAUUAACAAUGAUAAGGUGGAUAGGUACGGUAGUAGAAUGCUACCCUUAAUACGGCAAUACCAUCAGCGAUAUCGAGAGAUCAUGGGCCAGACGAGCUCUCAGGCUGCUGCUACUGCGUCUGGCUCUCGCGAUGUCGUUGACCUCGUGUCAAGUGACGACGGUAUGGAUGAUAUCGAGGAUGAUGGGGAAGAAGACUUCGAUGACCCGGGUGCGAUAUCAUCCUACUUCGUACCUCCAUCUGAGCAUACAGGCCGAGCAGCUACGUCAUCCCGUGCAUAUCCUACGCCAUCUGCGGCUCGGUCGUCAAAGGGAACUACAUGGCGCGGAAGUAAGAAGCCGUUCCAGCGUCGAUCAUCCGGGGGCUCUACCAGAGGAAGCAAGCCAUACGGUGGUGUUAAGAAGAAAGCCACUGCUGGUAGUCGAAAGACUACAUCCUCAACCGCUUUCGGCGGAUCAAGACGAGCGGGAAAAUCAACAGGCGCGGGGGCUAGCGGUGGUAGUAGGGCGAGAUCACAGGGUGUAAGCCAUAGCGGUAUCGGACUUAUGGAGCAUUAA